CAUCAACCCGGACAGUGGAAGGAAAAUGCGCCUCAACGUGAACUUCCUCUUGUCCCUCCGUUUAAAAACAGUACCGUGUCCCUUUAACAGCGUCUGACAAAAAGCCCAUAUGAUCCCCGAGCUCCAAUCACCAAUUCCUUCUGCAAAAGCAGUCUCUGCAUUUUUGUCUGUCUGAACGCCACAGCUACACUCUUGAGAGGGGGAAAGAGACAGAGGAAAGGGCAAGAAAAUAAAAUUAAAAAAAAAAAAAAAACUGCAGGAAUGUGACAAUCCAACGAUCGUUUUCAUGGCGACGGGGAAACCGCAGCGAAAGGAGUUAUUCUGGGACUCCUUGGAGCCUCGAAGCGCUGGAUCAAAAUGGUGCUGCAGAUUUAUGCCCCAGAGAUUGGGAGCUGUGGACAUCGCUACGCAGACAGCAAGGUCAAACACAAGGAGACACACAUAGCUUACCUCAUAGUGGAGAAGACCACAGACUUCCCCUCUGCUGAGUUCUCUCUGGUGGAGGAUGUGGCUCUGCACUUCACCUGUUUGAUGGACAGGCUGAAUGAGCAGCGCCUCUUCCAGCCUGACCUCUGUGACGUGGACAUCGUGUUGGUGCGCCAGCGCAGCACCUUUCCUGCCCACAAGGGAGUACUGGCAGCCUACAGCCCCUUCUUCCACUCUCUUUUCGCCCAAAGCAAACAGCUGCGGCGCGUGGAUCUGUCCCUGGAUGCCCUGACCUCUCAGGGCCUCCAGCAGAUCCUCAACUUCAUUUACACCUCCAAGCUGCUGGUGAGCAGCAGCACCGUCCGUGACGUGUUGAACGCUGCCACUGUGCUUCAGAUGAGCGACAUUGCGGUGUCCUGUCGAGAUCUCCUCAGCAGCCACUCGCUGAGAGCCACCUGCAGAGAGAUGGCCAAUCAGGAAGGGUUCUCUCCAGCUGAGAUGCCUCCCUGCCAGCUGUACCGGGAGAUCAAACAGGAGUCUGAGCUUGGCAGGGUUUACACGAGAGAAGGCAGCAGCCCGUUCUCCAUCAGAGUGGAGGAGGUGGGAAAGAUGGCUGCCCAGACAAAGCAGUACUACCAGGAAGAGGAUGGUCCAGGUGGCGGAGCCAGCACGGGUGUGGCCACUCUCUGUAAAGUGGAGGGCAGCGGAGAGGAGUCAAAACCAGCCGAUGGUCACACCUCCUUCAACAGGGAUCAGAUCAUUGUUGAAGUUAACCUCAACAACCAGACCCUGAACGUCUCAAAGGGAUCUGAUGGAAAAUCUUCCACAAUCACAGAACCCAUGUUUGGCCGUUGUCACGAAAACGAGAGAGACUCUGAGGGUGACGAGGACGAUGAGAUGGAGAAUGGUGACGGACAUGAAGAGGAGGGCGAUGAAGAUCUAAAGAGGACAGACAUACUGGGGCAUACCAGUGGAGAGGAAGAUGAGGAGGAUGAGGAGGAGGAGGAGAACACCCUAAACAUUCCUGGACUGGAGCAGCCCACCGUAAUGGAUCGACCUCGCCGGGGAACCAGAGCCUUAGCCGUGGUGGGCACCACUGCUAUGCGUCAGACGCUCGCAGAGGCCACCUUGACCAAUCAGCGCCAGGGCGGGAAGAAGGCACUGGAUGCAGAGGGCCUAGGUCAGAAGGUCAGGCUGGAGGAAAAGCAACACUUCCCGUGUAAAAAAUGCCCUCGCAUCUUCAACAACCGCUGGUACCUGGAGAAGCACAUGAAUGUCACGCACAACCGCAUGCAGAUCUGCAACAACUGUGGGAAGCGCUUCCUGUUGGAGAGUGAGCUGCUGCUGCACCAACAGACGGACUGUGAGCGGAGCAUCCAGUGUGUGACCUGUGGAAAGGCUUUCAAGAAGCUGUGGUCGCUGCACGAGCACAACAAGAUUGUCCACGGCUACGCGGAGAAGAAGUUCUCAUGUGAGAUCUGCGAGAAGAAAUUUUACACCAUGGCUCACGUCAGGAAGCACAUGGUCGCCCAUACGAAGGACAUGCCGUUUACCUGUGAAACGUGUGGAAAGUCGUUCAAGCGCAGCAUGUCCCUGAAGGUCCACUCUCUGCAGCACUCAGGAGAGAAACCCUUCAAGUGUGAGAGCUGCAGCGAGCGCUUCCAGUACAAAUACCAGCUGCGUUCACACAUGAGCAUCCACAUUGGACACAAGCAGUUUAUGUGUCAGUGGUGCGGAAAGGACUUCAACAUGAAGCAAUACUUUGACGAGCAUAUGAAGACGCACACUGGAGAGAAGCCGUACAUCUGUGAGAUCUGUGGGAAGAGCUUCACGAGUCGGCCCAACAUGAAGCGCCACCGCCGCACCCACACCGGAGAGAAGCCGUACCCCUGCGAGGUGUGUGGUCAGCGCUUCCGCUUCUCCAACAUGCUCAAGGCUCACAGGGAGAAGUGCUUUCACAUCACCAACCCUAUGGUGGUCCCAAACUGCGGUGACCCCCUCGGCCUCGACCUGCCCCUCGUCUCUCCUGCCGCGGACUCUUCCGGUCCAGCACAGCUGGGAACGCCAGCCUCCGCCGCCACGCCCUCCGCCGAAUCCAGCCCACAGCUCCUCCACAGCACCCAGCUGUCUCUCUCCCUGCUGCACCCCAUGGGGGGGCUGGCAACUGCCUCACGUUUACCGCCCCCUCCUCCCUUGUUCUCUGCUGGUAGGAUGAACUCCAACAACUAACAAAUUUCUGUAGCAUUUAAAGCACUUUGUUUGGUUUCUCCUUGUUUAAGAGCAGACUCGCAGCGGGAGAUUGACAUUUACACAGAAGACAAAACUGAAAAAAAGGCUAGACGUAGACCUCGUAACAGACUCUUUCAUCUGCAUAAAUAAGAAAUAGUUAUUUUUUACUCAGCUGAAUACAGUAUAUAACCUCAAAGUCCUAUCCGACUUAUCCCAUAACCUUUACACCACAUUUAUAAGUCCAGAGUUUUGCACAACAAAUAGAUUGUAACAUCCUUUACCAAAUAACUGUUACACAUGCUCAUAAAGGAUGAGAGUAAAAUACUUUUGUUCUCUGCCAGGAUGUAGCGAUUAGUUCCAGUCUGACCCAGCAAUAACCAAACGCUCAUUUUGACUUUGAACAUGUACCUGUUUGUGACGUCACCAAUAACCAAACCUGUAGCUCCCUUGCUAUGGAUAAGUAAUGUAAUAUAGCAUUUAUAAUCGAUCCUGCACCUUACAUUUGCCUCCUGUGACAUUUAAUAUGUACUCCUGUUUUUUUUUGUUUUUUUUUCUGGUUGUGGUUGGGUAAUUCGUGGCUUUAGUUUCAAAAGACAUUAGAGAGGCUACAAUGUGUGUAGUGGAGUGAGUGUGUGUUAUUUUAUUUUUUUUGUCUGUGCUGGUGUGUUAGAGUGAUCUGUGAAGCAGAGACUGGAACUGAGAGUCUUCAGAACAACAAAUUCACACUUGAGCUUCCACAAAGUCAGCAGAUGAAGAUAUCCGCGACUCUUAUGUUUGGCUUCCAUUAACCAUCCCAACUCUCUUACAGGUCUGUCUAUUUAUGUACCCUGUCUUGCAAAGGCAUUCACUCCUAUUGAACUUUUUUUCACAUUUUGUGUUGCAACCACAAAUUUUAAUAUAUGUUUUUCAUUUAUUUGAUACCCCAACACAGAGUAGUGCGCAAGUCUGACGUAGAAGGAAAAUUAUGCAUGAUUUUCUCGGUUUUCCUACUCUUACAAAAAGUGUCCAACCACCUUUCACUGUGGUUUCAGCUGAAAGUCUUUUGGAGUUUGUAUUCAUCGGCUUUACACCUCUAGAGAUGGUAAUUUGCAAAAAAGCUCAAGCUCAGUCAGAUUGGGAGGAGAGUGUCUGUAAACAGCAAUUUUUAAUAUUCUUAAUUUCUUUAGGCCUGGACUUUGGCUGUGCCAUUCUAAUACAUGAGUAAGCUUGGACUUUAAACAUUUCAUCGUUGCUCUGACUGUAUGUUUAGGGUUGUCUUUCCCAGCCUCAAGUCCUUUGCUUCCUCUCACAUGCUUUUCUCAAAGAUAUCCCUGUAUUUUGUCCGUUUUCCCAUCAGCUCUGACCAGCUAGCCUGUCUCUGUUGAAGAAAAGCAUCCUCACACUAUGUUACAAUCAGGAUGGUGUGUUCAGGGAUAUGUCUAAUGUUGGAGUUUUUAUUGCAUGUACCUUUGGACAUUUACGCCACAAUGUUUGGUCUCAUUGGUCCACAUUCUUCAGCAUGUAGUCUCCUUGCUGUUUCAUACAUGGUACACUGCAAGCAUGACUUUAUAUAGCUUCCUCUUUUCACUCUUCAAUGGGACCAUAUUCUUUGAGUGCAAGACUAUUAGUUCUGAGGUUAACAGAAUCUACCACCUGAGUUGUGUAUCUCUGCAGCACCUCCAGAGCCUUGGCUCUUGGCUGCUUCUCUUAUUAAUGCUCUCCUCGCCUGGUCUGUCAGAUUAGUUGGAUGGGUCCUGUCUCAGUAGAUUUGUGGUUGUGAAAGCAAUUUUAUUUAGAGGUGUCGGAGUGAAAGGUCCCACAUGCAAAUACAUGCCACACUUUUCAGAUUUUUGCUUGUAAAAAAAAAAUCAGCAAAAAAAUAUGAUGCAGUUUGCUGCUAUGUUGUGACAAUCCAUGAUAAAGUUCAAUACUUCUGCAAGGCACUGUAUAUAUAGUCAGAGAUGUAAGACAACGGGGCAUUUUUCUGUGACUGCUAAUAUACUAGGUCCAAAACCUCAUGUACUCAAACAGUAUAGCUGUACUUAUAUAUCAAAUUCUAAUGUUAUUGGUAAAGUUGAAUACUGUUUAUUCCUUCAGAAAGGAAAUUCAGAGAAGUUUGCUCGCAAAACUAAAUGUGUGCUUUUAAUCUUUAGAUGAUUUAACUCGUAUUGUAAAAGAUCAAAUCCCAGAAACAACAACCCAAAGCCUAAGUCUACUAAAUGACAUUAACUGUAUAUAUUUUGUGAAACAAUAAUUUGUAGCCACAAAUUAAAGUUAUUGACUUGCAGUACAAUACAUUAUUAAUAAAGUAAAGAUUAUUAUUAAAAGAUUGCUAAAGGACUAGUUUUAAAGUAUAUGGAGAGGGUUUUUGUUGCUUCUUACUCAGAGUUUAAGUUAGAAAGAUGUCGCCACUCAAAGACAUAUUAAUCAUUUUUCAUAUUUGAUGUUAAUUGGUACAUCAUUUCUAAUUAAGCUCUUAUAUUAAUUUCCAACUAUUUAUAUAUGUUUGGGAACGCCAAAUAAUCUCCAAUUCUAUUCAGGGCCUACAUCUGGAAGUUUCUCUGAAGCAAGAGAGUAAAUUUCUUCUGCACUAUGCUAGUUUGUUAGCUUCCCCCUGUUUAAAGAUGCUAAAAAUGUCUCAUCUAUAUGAUAUAUCGAAGGAAUCCUUUUAAAAAUUGAAAUAUGGCCAGAUCUUUUUCAGUGUAGAAAAAACUCUAGCUCAGUCUCUUGCUUUGAAGAUUUAUUUUUACAAGCAGUAUAGUUUUGGAAAAGCUCUUCCGAUUUCUGCGAAGGUUCAUUUCUGCAGUUUUUGAACCCAGAUUUUCCAUUCCAAAAACAAGUUUGUUCAUAAAAUGAAUUAUGCACAGAACAGCAACUACAUUACUUUAGUUGUUGACGAACAACUGUUUCCUAUCUUACUAUAUAUUUUGGGGUAUCAUAAAAUGUGUUUAUGUGGGUCUGAAUAUGAUAAAAUGAAAGGCUUGGGAUGGAACAUCAGGUUUUGUCAUCCCUGUGAAGUUUGUGCGCUGAUGAUGCACUCUUGUUCUGAACAAAGCAUGUGUAUCAGGAUCAAAGGUGUGGAUUUUACUGUUCUGCUGCGUCAGGAUAGCGUAUGUUACUUUUGCUGUGAUGUCACCCUAUCAGGGUUUUUUGUUGUUAUUUUUGUUUUAAUCCCCUGAAGAAUCAGUUGUCCAGCUCGGGAUGAGUUGAAAGCUCUAAACAUAGCCUGAGGUUUUCCAAGUUAUUAAAUAUAUGUAUAAAUAGGAUUAAUUUAAAAGUAGUAACAUUUUAUUCUGCAAACAGUUGAAGCCACUUCAAUCAUUCGGUACGCUAACGUGAUUGAAUCUUAUGAGUUUGUAUAGAAUGUCAGAAUAAUAUAGCAUGAGACCAAUAAAAGUUAAUGUCAGAUAGUUGCUGCAUAAUUGUGUAUGUGCAGCAAUUUUGCAUAUGUGCAAUAUUAAUAUAUGGACUUUCAGAGUUGUGACACUUAAGUCCAGAAAUGUUUCAACACGUCCAAAAAAAAUCCAUCGCAGCUUGGAUCAGAGAUCAAAUCCUGCAUGCUACAGUAUCAGAUGCUUAGACAAACAAAACCAGAGUGUUUUUUUCUUUCUUUUUUUUCCCCAUCUACAAUACCAGCUCCUCCUACGUCAAUAAAAUGCAAGCCUAUCUGGAGCUACAUAAAGGUGAGGCUAUAUGGAGCUUAGCCAAUUUUCACCUUUGCGUAAGCUUUCCAGUUGCUUUAGUUAGCAGGUUUGAGUGGCAUUGAGCAAAUCAUAAGACUGAAAGCUUUAAGUGGAAUAAGAAUUAACCCCAUAAAAUUUCAGUGUCAUAAUUGGCAAGUGUCUGAGUUCAGUUAGUGCACUCCUACUCACUUUAUCUAUAUUCUGUAGUCUUAGUGUUGCUUCCCCCUGUAUGUACUGUUCAGAUGUAGAUGUACAUGAUUUUUCUUUUUUUAUGUUUACACAGAGAGAGCUGAAUGUGUUUUCAGGUUGGUACGACGGAAAGACAAUUUUUUAAUGUUUUCUGCCUGUGUUAGUUUUGUUUUUGAAUUUUUAAAAAAUUGAGUCCUUUUGGUAAAAUAUCACAUCAGCCCAAGAUUUGUGUCUUUCAUAAGCCCACAUGAGGAACAUAUUUGGACAUUAUCUAAAUAAUGGUACUUUUUGAAAAUCUUCCUACAUACUCAUCCAUUUUUUUGUUGCUUUUUUGCAUUUUGAUUUGUUUAUUUUGUACAGGGAUUGCCCCUUGAAAAUUAGAGCUUCCAUAUUGUAAUUUAACUCAAAUUAUAUUCUGGCUGUAAUAAGAUCCAGUUCAACCUUAGUGGACAAUUAGCUUGAAUUUUGCAAAAAGGCAAAACAUCUAUCAGUUUAAAAGUGGAAAUGAACUUUCCUGUCUUUGAAGAUAAUUAGAAAUAGAAAAAAAAAAUUGUUUUCUUCUUAAAACUAAAAGUCACUUAAAAUGUCUAUAUUCAUGUCGACUACCAAGCAUUCAGUAGGAAAAUAAAUUGCAUAAGCUUUAAAGUUAUACGUCUUAAUAUGUACUGUGUCUUGUAAAAGUAUCCAUAGUCCACGGGCCUAUAUUUAUUUUGUCAUGUUACAACCACGGACUUCUGCAUUUAAAUAGGAAUUUACUUUGCUAAUAGAUCGACAUGUAAGCCAAAAACUUCAAAUUCAGUCACAACUGACUUUAGCACCUUGUUUCAUGUUCACUGCUGCAAACUGAACUGUUUAUAGCUUUCUUUCAGCAAUGUUUAUUCUUGCUCAUCAGACUGGUGAAGUGCAUGACUAGUGCUGUCAAUAGAUUCCUCAAACUGAGCUGUCGAUCUCUGCAGCUUCACCACGGUUACCAUGGGUGUCUUCUCUGAUUAAUACUUUAAUCACAGAAAAGCUUUAUUUAUAUUACGGUAAAAUUGGUUGAACUGGAUUUUAUCUAGAGGUUUCAGAAUAAAGGGGUCAGAUUGCAAAUACACACACCACACUAUGACAUAAAAUCAAAAUAAAGGUAUUGAAGUUUUUGGUUGUAACAUGACAAAAUGUGAAAAAUAUUUGGAGUUUAUACGAAUGCGGAGCAGCAUUUUGUGGCCUCUGACUGUUAAGAACUGGUUCUCUGUUGUUGCUGUUUAUUACAUCACAAUCUGUCUGCAGAUUUUACUAAGAUCUUCUGAAAGCUGAGAGCAUUCUCUUGUUUCUGCUAUAGAAGCACUAUCGCAAGAGACAUUACUGACAUUACUGUUUGUGUAUUUGCCUUACAAAUGGUGGGAUUUCCACGUUUUUUGUGUUAAGCAUAGGAGCUAUAGCUGACAGAUAUAUUGUGAUGAACACUACUGAUUUAUGCACUUUGAAUUCCUUUGCCAUACUUGCCAACAAAGGGGGCAUGUAUGCAGACACAGGAUGAAAACAAGUUGCAGAAAUUUGUAAAGAUGGAAAUACGUACAUCCUUUGUAGUUUUUUUUUUUAAGUGUAGAUACUUUUGAUUUCUAAAUGCACAAAGGAUAAAUUGACACAAAUGAGUAUUAAAGCCUCAAAAAUCACAAAAAAUUGUAUGUUACUUGUUGGAGUGUAAAGCCUAGUUUAAUAUUUGUGAUGUUGCCAUCCAACAAGUUAAAAAGUAAGAAGAGUUCAGUUAAGAUGAUUGGUUAGUUUAUUUUUAUUAUCAAUGAAAAUAACCUGAUAAGAUAAUAUCAGAUAAAAAUUAAGAUAAAAAAAAGCAUGAGUUUAUUUUUAUGUAAGUUGCCUAAUUGAGUAAUGGGAAUUAUAUUAAUUCUAACAGCACUUUAUUUUCUUCUUCAGCUCCAUAGAGUUUUAAAGCUGACAUAGUAGCACUUAUUCCACAUAAAAAAAGCUGAUACAGUGUGUGUGUGCGCGCACAUGCGUGUCUGUAUAACAAAAGAUUAUAGGAAAUAAGAAAAAUUCUUCUUGAAUUAAAUGUGUCCUUGGCGGGUUCCUCAGACACUAAAUUUUAACAAAACUGGUUUUGAAGUACAUCCCACUAUACUUACAUGGAAUGGGAUCAUAAAAUGAGAUCGGAGUAAUUAAAAACCUCUUGAAAUAAUAUAAAUCCAUCAAACUGCAUUCUAUCUUUCAUGUUGUAAGUGAAUGAUAUAAUGUGAGAGCAGUUUUAUGGCCUAGUUGGAAAAUGUGUUGGGAAAACUGUGGAGAAAGGCUAAAAUGUCUUUUUUUAAUAUUUUAAUCUCGUCCUGGACAGAGUGAGCAAAUUAUAUUGCUGUAGACGACAACAUUUGUUGGUUAUUUUUAUUUCUUGUUAAUUUAAGAAGCUACUCUUCCCUAAAGCCAUUUAGGGAAGAGUAUCUGUUAAAAAUUGAAGUAAUCAUUUACGCAAUUCUAUCUGUUCCUUAUUCUCUACUUGUAACCUAUGAUGAAGAUUUCCAAAGUAUGAAGGAAAACAAAAUAUUUUUAUAUUUUAGAUUUUUUUUUUAAAGUCGUCACCUUUUGCUUUGAUGACAUUUUUUCACACUGCAAUUUCUCAAUUCAUUAGGUAUUCUCCUGAACUGGUUUUAUAUCAGAAAUCAUUCAACUAAGUAAAGAGAAACUAUUGUCCGUCGCUACUUGAAGACAUGAACGUCAGAAAAUCGGAAAAAUGUCUAGUAUUGUUGCAAAGACCAUCAAACGCUGAUGAAACUUGUUCUCAAAAGGAAUCCUUGUGAGGAAUGGAAGAUAAAUAGUUGCCUUUAUCCAGGGGUUGACUCCUAUAUGCAUGGUUCACACUGUAAACCAUCAUGGUGGAGGAGAUACUGGGAUGGUUGGGGUACUUUACUGGUGAUAUUGCUGGUAAUUUAUUUAAAAUCCAAAAGCAGAUUUAUUAGGAUACAGUUUCAUCCCAUCUGGUUUCUGUUUAGUUGGACCAUUGCUAGUUUUUCAAAGAAAAGAAGAAAGACCAAAGACACCUCCAGCCAAUAUAAGGGCUAUUCGGGGUUCCUAUGCAGUCUGAAAAGUACAGAAUUGGAUUCCAAUAAUUGGCAAAAGUGAAUAUGGCUGCUAAAGACUGAGAAAUCGGAAAAGUUGAGUGUGGAAAAGUCUGAAAUUGUUGCAUAGACCCUCAUCCUCAAAAAGAGUGAUUGAUUCCAGGUACUUUUAUAAUAAGUUACUUACAAAUGAAUAUACAUUAAUAUCAAAGCUAAAAGCCAAUAAGAUCUCAGCACCUUUAGAAACAGCCCCAAGACUGUUGGAAAAUCAUCCCAGGUACCACAGGAAGCUGACUAAGAAAACACCAAACGUGUACAAACUUCUCAUCAAAAUCUAAAAUAGAAAACACUUUGUUCACUACACAGAUUUUCCUUCAUAGUUUGGAUGCUUUCUGUAUUAAUCCACAAUGUAAAAAAAAAAAGUGAGGAAGAACUAUUUUGCUGGUUGUAUGUUAUCCUAGAUAUCUACUAUUCUGCUGGUUUUAGAUGCAACAAUUGUCCAACACACCUGAAUCAAAUUAACGGCUCAUUACCAGAUCACUGCCAAACAUGAUGACAUGCUUAAGAGGUAAUUUAAGAAUUCGAUUUAGGUGUUUGAGCAGGAUUGCAUCUAAAAAAUACCGGAUGGUCGAGCUCAAGGUUUAGGGUUGGAGACCCCUUUCCUAGAGCCAUCAACUAUGGAAAAGAAAUCAAACAAAUACUUCUUGCUCUUUUACUGUUUGUUCUUUUAGUGGUUCAACAUUAGUUCAAAACAACCUGUGAUAUAAAUGCAUCAUCGAACUUGAUGUGUUUGCAGUUUACUUUUGAUAUUUCUCUCACAAGAACAUUAAAAGUAAACACAAAUGCCAAAAAUGUUUAGGAAAUAUUACGCAACUGUUACAUCCUUUGUCAGAAUGGAGGGUUUUUGCGUCCAUUUAUUUUUUGGGGGUGAAUGCUGGGUUGAAGAGAAAAGGAGGCACAUCUUAAAUGUGUUUUAGGAAGGAGUUUGUCUUGUUUUGUGUUAAAACUACCCAUGAAAUGGGCUUUUUCUAUGUGUUUUGGAUUUUGCAGAUCUGGGUCAUUUUCCCCUUCCACUGAUUUGUUCCUCCAUUUUGUAUGGUUUCCUAUUUUCUGCCUGUAAACAAAUUUGUUUGUACUCAUGCACCUAUACAUCUCAGUUUAUUUCUAUGGGUAUUUUAAAGAAUUAUGGAGGUAAUUAGUCAUAAAAAUGUUUCACAGCACAUUUUCGUAACAUUUUGUUUUAUAUCCCAUUUUACUGAAUUUGAUUCUGACCCGCAGAUGGCCAAGGUGAUGCCAAUAAAAUAUGAAAAAUAAAGACCAAAAUAAUUAUGAUUAACCUCUUAAUGAUGGAUAUUUUUCCUAGUAAAGUCAAAAAAUAUCUUCUUCUUACAUUAGACCGUAGAAAGAAUUUAGAAAAUGUUACCAAAGUUAAUACAGGAACAAAAUAUCACCCCAGAGGAUAUAAAUGCACAUGGUUGGUAUGAUAGAUCUCAUGGCAGAGAUAACACGUAACCCAGAAAAUAUGAACAAACAAAACUACUAAGCAACAAAGGGGAAAAUGACCAGUGCCUUGGUCAGCUGCUAGAAAUGUGUCCAAAAAAUAUUUUGAUUUUGUGGCCUUUCCUCUAUUGCUUGGAAAAGGGCCACAUCUAAAGUCAUUACGAAAACUCUUGUUGGAUGUUGAAGAAAAAGUACUGUAUGAAAGAAUUUAGUGGUAUAUUGUGGUCUGUUUCUGUCUUUUUUUCUUCUGUGUUUAUCCCCAUUUUUUGUUAUUUUUUAAAUGACCAUUUCCUCCAUAUUUGUUCAAAUAUUUGGAGCCUCAAAACUGACUAAACUGAGUUGGCUAUUGAAUUAAGAAAGAGAACAUAAUUUGUAUGUUUGCUGUUGGUAUUUGUCUUUAGACCUUUUUAUCUGCCUUAACCUAUCAUAUUUACAGUUCUUAUGUAUAAUCUAGAAAUUAAUCUUGUAUUAUAAUUAAAAUUAUACUAUUCAAUUAUAGUAGAAGUAUGACUUCUAUUACAAUAAAAUACAUUUGGAAAUAGAUCAGUUAAGAGGCAAAAUUAUACAUAUUAAAAUUACUUUAAUACUACAUGAUAAUGUAGAUUAAAAGGGAAAAAAUAUGCAAAAAUAUUCGAUUUCACAUCAUUUAGAAUCACAAUCAAAAUUUGCUAAUUAUAAUACAUGUAAUUUCUGUUGUAAUUUCCUGACGAUUGGUAGAAAAAAAGCUAAAAUUAAGUAAAUGGCAAAGUAAUAAAAACAAAGCCUUAGUUUGAAUGUGAUUGUGCACUUAAAUCUAGCUUAACACUCCUGAAUGUCAGCAGUGGUAAAUGCUAAUUUUGUUCAUUAGCUUGUUAGCUGAAAUAUUGCCAGCAAUGCUAAUGUUAGCACUGCAGCAGUCCAGAAGGAUACAGCUGGACAGUACUUGUAAUAUUUUAAUAGCUUUUUAUACUUUUAUGUCUUGUCAUUAAUUAGCUAGGACAAGAUGAGACACUUUCAUACUUUUUAAUAGGCCUGACCAACCUCAAAAUGCAUGGCGGCAUGAUUUGGGGGAUCAUGUUCAAAAAGAGAGAAGAGAUUUAGUUUUGUCAGCUUUGGAGCUCCUUUGACAACUACAAUUUUUUUGUAUGUUUUUUUAAAAAAAAAGAGAACCUUUGAUUAGCUGCUUUAAGAUUGUAUAUCUCAUCCAAACCCCUCAUUGCCCCUCAGCCAAUACCACCAUAUUUAAAUCUAUAUAUACCUUCAAGUGUAUUUCCAGCACUUAUUGCUACCACAGCAUUGAGAAAUCAUGAAAUGUAUUAUUAAUCGCUGAUUCUCUGCUCUAUAAUGGUAACAGUACAAUAUGUAUUGGGUGAUUCUGGUAUUCACAACCCAUGUGUAGACAGUAGUUGUCCCAUUCAGCUAUAAUAACACAAAAACAGUACAAGGACAUUAGAGUCUAGAGGUGCUAAAGACAGUAGGGUGUAUUUUUUUGUUCCUUUUAUUGUAAUAUUGACAAGUGUUAACUGUCUGUAACACAAUAGAGCAUUAUGAAAUCAUUUCAAUAUUAAACAAUAUAGAUAUUA